CCCUCAGUUCUUGUUUCUUCUCUUUUUUUUCCUCAGGGUCGCUGCGCUUCACUCAUUUACAUUCAAUUCUUCUCCUUUUUUCCUCAACAAGAGCUGUGCUCUGUUGCUUCGAUUCACUGAAACCUCUGCUUGAUUGAACCAUUCCUUGACUUUCUUAUCUUCAACUUUUUUUUAUUUUUUAUUUUUCACUUUUUCACAUCAUUCGAGAUGAAGCCUUCUUCAGUCCUUCUUCUUACUGCCGCUGGCCUGGCAACAGCUCUUCCGGCUCAGCCUAUCGCUGCUCGCUCGGAGAUUCAGGAUGCUCCUGUUGCUCGAUCUUUCUUUGAGCACGCCGUCGAUGUCGUCUUCGCCAGAGAUUUGGUUGCCCUGAAUGCCAACACCGCGGCUCCCCCUGCAGCUGAUGCCGCUGCUGACAAGAAGGGCGCUGCUGCUACCACCACGAGCGCUGCUGCUGCUGCUGCUACCACAACUUCUGCGGCCGGUGCGGACAACGCUGCUGCUCCUCCUGCAGCCACUGAUUCAGUCGCCGCUCCUCCUCCUGCCGCGGCUACUGAAACUACCGCUGCUGCUCCUCCUCCUGCAGCUACCGAUGCCACCGCUGCUCCUCCUCCUCCCCCCGCAGCCACCGAUGCUGCUCCUCCUCCCGCUGCUGGCAACGGUACUGCCUCAGCAGGCAACGGUAAGGGCAAGGGUCAGGGCAAGGGCAAGGAUCAAGGAAAGGGCCAGGGCCAGGGCAAAGGCAAAGGCAGUGGCAAGGGCGGCAACAACAACAACAAUAACAACAACGGCCUUGGCGAUGCCAUUAGCGGCGCCCUCGCCCAGCUCGGCCUCGAUGGCGUCCUCAACGUUGGCAAGAUCAACAGCCUCAACGGCGCUCAACAGAUCCAGCUGCUCUCCCAAGUCGUCGUCCUCCAGACACUGGCUGAUUUGUCAAUGGUCACUUCCAAGCAAGUCGUCGUGGCGCUGAACCAGGGCUUCCAGAGCAGCGGUCUCAACGUUGUCAUUAACGGUUAAAAACGGGGGGAUGAAGAGGAUAUAACUAACUGUUGGAGUGUGAAAAGAGAGAAAAAAGGAAAAAAAGGAAUGAGACGAAAUGGGAUAUCAAUAAAGGGGCGUUGAGAUAGUUGAUCUGGCGCUCUCAUGGAACGCGGAGGGAGUAUGUAGGAUCGUGAUAAAUAACAUGGGAAAAAAUGGAAAGAAUUGCCGCAUCAA